AUGGCGUUCGAAAUAUAUACUGGAUCUUGGACAGAUUGGUCCCGUGGUUCAGUUCUUGGUGCUACCAUUACGCUGUCAUCUAGGGACGCUAGUCUCCUUCUCGCCUUUAUCGCAGCCUUUGUUACAGUUAUCGCAGUGAGACUCUGGGUUAUCAUCUGCUUCACCGUCCACCAAAUCCUAUCUACCAACGGAAAGCAUGACGGACUUUACUACCAACGACAAGUCAUUCUGCGCAAUACGAAAUCUGCACCAGCUGCUGCGUGGCUAUUUCUGCAACAAGCUUGGUACUGGCGUGGUAUCGCAAUAUCAGCAGUUACCAGAACAAUCCCUUGGGCUUUAUUCUGUGUUUGCUAUUUCCUGGGUUUUGCUGUCCUUGCAGUCUUUUCGUCGCAGAUAUCAGACAGCUUCCGAAUUUCGACUACUCCGCAGUCCCAAUUGCGGGAUACAAAUGCCCCUAGAGAACCUUGGAAAACCCACUUUUGA